CAGCCAGGGACGCCAACUUGACGAAAAUUCAACCUGUCAGUUUCGCGACAAAAAGGUAAACCUUCUUUUUGAUUGUCCCUUCGAUACCGAUUGAACAGCCGCGUGUUGUGCUCUGAUCAAAAGAACAAAAAUGGCUCUGCGUCCAGCAUACAAACCCAAAAUCGUCAAGAAACGGACGAAGAAGUUCAUCCGUCACCAGUCUGAUCGGUACCACAAGCUUGCGCCAAACUGGCGCAAGCCGAAAGGUAUUGACAACCGGGUUCGUCGCCGCUUCAAGGGACAGUAUCUGAUGCCGAACAUCGGUUACGGCUCGAACAAGCGCACCCGCCAUAUGCUGCCCAAUGGCUUCAAGAAAUUCCUGGUCCACAACGUCCGCGAGCUGGAGGUGCUGCUGAUGCAGAACCGCGUGUACUGCGCCGAGAUCGCCCACGCCGUGUCCUCCAAGAAGCGGAAGCAGAUCGUCGAACGGGCGAAGCAGCUGGCCAUCGCCGUGACGAACCCGAACGGCCGUCUGCGCUCGCAGGAGAACGAGUAAGACGGUGUCCUGCGGCUUUAGGGUUACGGGGACUAUCGAUGCUUUUGUGUGUCAUGUAUAUACUGGUUCAAGUAUAGAUAGGAGCGGAAAAGCAUCUUCUGAUAAGAAUUAAAUAUAAUAUACAAUCAAA